AUGCCCUUUGCGCCAUUUGUUGGUGUAAACCACCAUGGACAAUCAAUUUUGUUGGGAGCUGGCUUGAUUUCCUCUGACGAUACUGAGACCUUCUUCUGGUUAUUCCAAACAUGGUUGCAGUGUAUGGAUUGUAUAGCGCUGAAGGUUAUUAUCACUAACCAAGAAAGAGCCAUGAAAAAUACAAUUGCAAUAGUUUUCCCAGAAAGCCGACAUAGAUUUUGCCUGUGGCAUAUCUUGAAGAAAGACCCUGAAAAGCUUGGCUGUUAUGGUUCUUACAAAACUAGAAUGAAAACUGCAUUGAUAAAAUGUGUAUAUGAUACCCAAUCACCGGAUGAGUUUGAAAAAUGUUGGGAUCAGUUGAUUAGCACGUACAGCUUGCAUGAGAAUUUCUGGUUGCAGAGUUUAUGCACUGAGCAUGAGCAUUGGGUACCGGCAUUCUUGAAGAAUGUUUUUUGGGCUGGAAUGAGUACAAUGCAGCGUAGCGAGAGCAUGAAUGCAUUCUUUAAUGGUUAUGUUCAUGCUAAGACAAACUUGAAAAAGUUUGUCGAUCAGUAUGGUAAUGCCUUGAAAAAUAAGAUUGAGAACGAAAAUGCAGCAGACUUCCAAUCAUUUAAUGUCACAAUUCCCUGCAUCUCUAAAUCUCCAAUUGAAAAGAGAUAUAAAGAUUUGUACACAAAUGCUAAAUUCAGGAAAGUUCAACAGCAACUUACCGGCAUUAUCGACUUGGACCCAGUUUUACUUAAGGCCAAAGUUAUAGUCAAGACCUAUCUGGUAGAGGAUGAAGUUCGUGUCGAAUAUUUCACUAAGCUAGUUACACAUUCAGUGGAUUUUAGUGAGGACGAUGCAGUCGCCAAGUGUACUUGUGGUUUAUUUGAAAUGAGGGGGAUAGUGUGCCGGCACAUCUUCGCCAUCUUCAAAUGUAAGGGGAUUAAGACAAUACCAGAUAGGUACAUUUUGGAUCGAUGGAGGAAGGACAUCAAAAGAAGAUACACGUUAAUCCAUAGCAACUAUAACGCAGGGGAUCAACGGGAAGAUGCUAAUAGAUAUUCAAGUCUGUUGAAUAUCUGUUAUAAGAUGAUUACUUGUGCGACGAGUUCGAAAAAGCAUACUGAGGAUGCAACGACUAAGUUAAAUGCAAUGAUUGACCUGUAUGAAGCCAACCAAGAACCUCCAUUGAUGACUGAGAAGUGUUUAAAUGUUGAUGGCACAAAUGCUAAGGACACAACUACAAUAGGUAGUUUAACAAAAGUACUCAGUCUACGUGUUGUGCGAGGAAAAGGCAGACCCUCAUCUCUGAGGAGAGCAUCCAGGAUGGAAAGAGACCUGUAG